AUGGUUGAUCCUGGUGAGGCGACGUGGAAAGACCCGGGGUUUUGGCUGGAGGAUGCCGAAGCCUACAGCCUUGAACCUGAGCCCAGCAAACUCGCAGGCAUUGAGUUCGCAAAGGGUCAACCAGACACAGCCUUGGAAGGAUUCGGCCUGCAGCCGGCAGGAACCCCUACCGGCCAGGAAGCUCAUGAAGCUUUGAAGCAGAGCAACGAGGACAAUCGAAGCAGAGAUAAGGCGACUUCAGGAGGCUCUAAAUGCGUCAAACUCUCGGCUACAAGCGCUCCGCAAUGCUCUAAAUGCGCUAAACGAGCAGUAUAG